AUGGGAUGGUCCGACCAAUCUAGACCUGGGAAUGGACAGAGGAUUGUGUAUAAUGGACACAAAAGGGUUCAUGGACUAAAAUUUCAGUCCAUUGUCUUACCGAAUGGACUUAUAGGAAACAUCUUUGGGCCAGUAGGUAAGAACUUAAAUAUUUUCACUGAAUCUUAAUAAGAUUAAUUACAAUGUUAUUCAUAUGGGUUCCCAAGACUUUUUUAUGAACUUUUGUUUCAGAGGGACGAAAACAUGACGCGGGUAUGCUCGCUGACUCUGGGCUUCUGAAUGACAUGGGGAACUUCGCCUUUUCCCCAGGUGGCCAACCUAUGUGCGUUUAUGGUGAUCCGGCUUAUCCCCUCCGGAUUCAUCUUCAGGCACCAUAUCGCCAGGGACGUCUAACCCAAUAA